AUGUACUGCAGUGGCACAUCAAGUGGUGCAUAUCAGCUAAGAGUUCAGAAUCUGGUAUUGACUGAUAAGCUUACGAGUCGUUCAAAAAAAAGACCACCAAAUACUGGUGCUCUUUUAUUUAAUACAACUGAAAAUGAUAUUUUAUUCUCAUUACUCGGUCAUGAUUGUAUUUCAUUGGCAGCCGGUAUUGUGCAGCUGCUAAAAUCUGAUUCAAAAAAUCCAAAAAUUUGGAUGAAAGCUCAUAGAGGCGUGAUUUCACUAGUCAAGGAUUACGAGAAACGAGCAUAUUUCUUACGUCUGUAUGAUGUUUAUAAAAAACAGUAUCUUUGGCAGCAAAUGUUGUACAAGAACUUUCAUGCGUUGCAACCUGUGGGAUGUCCAAAUCUGUUAACUUUUGAAGGAGAUGAAUGUAUAUUUGGCUUGAAUUUUUCGAGUAAAGAAGAAGCAAAUAGUUUCAAGUCUCAUCUUGACAAACGAUAUGAACAAGAAAAAAAGUCUCAGGAAAAGGACAAAUUAAUGAUUUCUGACUCUCAAAAUAGUCAUAUUUUAUCGACAUCCAUAUCUUCUGAUGGUCGUGAUCAUUCGCAUGCAGUUUCGGUAACACAAAGGACUGGUAUUACAAGUAUGGGCACGGUGCCGAAUAUUGGUGGUAGUGCAUGGGCAAAUUUCGUGACUAUAAAUAAAGCUAGAAAGAAAAUGACGAGGAAAGAUAAGAAACAGAAGAUUCGGAAAGAGGAUAUAAGCAAUCCAACUAAUUUUCAACAUAAGGCGCAUCUUGGCUGGAAUCAGGAUGGUGGUUUUUCUCAGGAAACAUAUAAUUACGAUCCAAUGGAUGAUAGUGUGAAGGCUGUACUACGUGCUGCUGGAGAAAAUCCCGAAAGGAUGUCGAAAGAUGAUUUAGAAUUCUCUAAAAAAUUCAUCAGUGGAUAUCAAGAAGUACCUCUUCCUCCAGCACCUUUGCAUCACAGUCAUCCUAGAUUGACCAUUUCUUCGGCAAUUUCAAAAACAUCAUUACUAUCAUCUGCUCCUCCUUUGCCGCUAUCUUCAAUCCGACGAGACACUUUUAAUGUUACUCCAGUUUCAAGACCACCGCCGAAACCUUCAGCCAGCAGCAAACCCCCCACAAGACCCUUACCACAGCCACCAAAUGCAGUGAACGGUUCGCAUUCAGCUUAUCGACCUAAUGAUACACCACCGCCUCCACCACCACCACCGCCACUUUGUCCUGCACUCUCGGUGCCAGUGUCACAACUUCAAUCUCCAAUUCCUGCUGCUAGUGCAUUUGCUCCUCCCCCACCUCCACCUCCUCCUUCAUUUCUUUUGACGAACUCUGCUAGCACAGCAGCUGUAUCACCUUUUGCGUCGCACAACUCUACUUCCGAUUAUAGAGAUGAUAGCAGAUCAAAUUUACUGAAUGAAAUUCAAGCAGGUGUUACUUUGAAGCAAGUAAAAAUGACGAUGAACAAAAAUGACUGUAAUACACUCGAUACACACACUGAAAUUAUGGCUCAGAUACGACAGGGUGCCAAUCUCAAGCCUGUUAGCGUAGACAAAGAAGAAGUAGAAAAUCGAAAAUCUGUGCCGAACAGUGCAGAUGUAGCUGGAAUUGCUGGUGCAUUAGCUCGUGCUCUGGAGGAAAGGCGACGAAAUAUGCGAAAUUCAGAUGAGUCUGACUCAGAAGCAGAAGAAGAAACACACAAUAAUGAUAGUGAAUGGGAAUCAAAUUAA